AUGUCGUUCUCUUCCCUGGUUGCGGACAUUGCAUUCCGAGAUGGGAAUCGUGAUGAUUGCAGCACGUUGACUUCUCAAGGCUUGACAUCCCAAAUAGGCGGCGCACGCUCAUAUGUUAGCACUGCGGCGACCAGCGUGAGCAUAUCGGGUGACAUCUCCAGCCAGCUUCAUGCAGGCUACAGCCAUCCCCUCAACAGGAUAUGGCAGGCCGAACGGCAGUUAACAAAGUCCAUGCUUAUCUACCCCCUUUUCAUUACCGACAACCCCGAUGAAGAAACACCAAUUCCCUCCUUACCAAACCAGCACCGUCGUGGCGUCAACCGUCUCAUCCCAUUCCUUACACCCCUUGUACAAAAGGGUCUGCGAUCCGUAAUCGUCUUCGGUGUCCCCUUAGCCCCCAACACAAAAGACGCCCUUGGGACCUCUGCAGACGACCCUAGCGGACCUGUCAUCCAAGCCAUCCGUCUAAUCCGCUCCCACUUCCCAGACAUCUACAUCGUCGCCGACGUCUGUCUCUGUGAAUACACCUCCCACGGCCACUGCGGCAUCCUCCGCGAUGACGGCACCCUCAACAACGCCCUCUCCAUCGACCGCAUCUCUGACGUUGCUCUCGCCUACGCCGAAGCAGGCGCCCACUGUGUCGCGCCCUCAGACAUGAACGACGGCCGCGUGCGAGCCAUCAAGCUCAAGCUCAUCGAAGCCGGCAUUGCCCACCGCGUUCUCCUGAUGUCCUACAGCGCAAAGUUCAGCGGGUGUUUGUACGGCCCCUUCCGCGAAGCUGCGGGCUCCUGCCCGAGCUUCGGAGAUCGCAAAUGCUACCAACUGCCACCAGGUGGUCGCGGGCUGGCUCGUCGCGCCAUCCAACGCGAUAUCGCAGAGGGUGCGGAUAUCAUUAUGGUAAAACCUGCCAGCAGCUACCUGGACAUCAUCCGCGAUGCGAAGGAGCUGGGCAAGGACAUGCCAGUAGCGGCGUACCAGGUGAGCGGGGAGUACGCUAUGAUCCACGCGGCGGCGAAGGCGGGUGUGUUUGAUUUGAAGUCGAUGGCGAUGGAAAGUACAGAGGGGAUUCUGAGGGCUGGGGCGGGGAUUGUGAUAAGUUACUUUGUGCCGGAGUUUUUAGAUUGGCUUUCCAGUUGAGAGACGGUUCAUAACAGCUUGUCCUCGAGUCUUUGACGCUUGCAUUCCUUUCACGAAUAUUUUUUUUCGGGUGACGUUUUAUGAUUCAUCGGAGUUGGGGCACUUCUCAUGUUUUUUUCUGCUGUGGCGUCAUUACAGUUAUCCACCACUCAUCUCCGUUAUAUUUCAUUGAAUCCCGGGGAAACAAAAUAGGAAAGAAUGGUUGAAUUGAUUCGUCUUUCCGUUGCAUAUGUCAUGGGAAAAAGAGACUCACUCUCAUUAUUCCUGGACUUCUCCUUCGCCUUUGUUUCCCCAACAAGGACAUGCUCAGCUCCCCAGGCCUGUUUCCAAAGGCGCGUCUCUGCACUGUACGCAGCCCCGGGCAUGCGGAGAAUACAAAGCACGCUUUUACAGACGUUGAAUAACAAACAAGAAACCAACCGAGCCUCAUACGUAUCGCUUCGUUCGCAGUCAUUCCCCGCUCACUCGCCCUCCUGCUCUCGUCAAUCUCGGUGUUCCCUUUUCAAAUUCCUUCCACCCCAUAAUUACGUGGGUGGCAACUCUUUUCAAGGGGAAAUGCACCAAGAGAUGGACAUAUGCUUUCAUAUAUUCCCCACUUAUCCCGCAAGAUGGUAUGAUAAAUGCACCGGGUUGUGGGCUUCUUAUUCCCUUUGUUUUCUUAUUUUUUUUGUUGUGCUUACAGGAUACAAAGAAAUAAAAUGGGGAAUUCUGGAGGGUGGUGUUAUCUUUUUUGUGUCUGCCAUUAUAUCCGCUGGGGACGGGUUCCUUUUUCACGGAUUUUCGGCACUUGUAGAGGGGGGAAUUUGCGAAAGGGUUCGGUUCUUGUUUCUUUCCUUUUAUUCCGCAUAUUCUUUUUUCAUUAUUAUUUUGGUUGGGAGAACGCAUUUUGAGAAAAUGAUUUGAGACGCAUCGAAACGGGAGGAAAAAUGUUAUAACCAUGUACUGUACAAUAACAAAGUUAUGUUUAUACCCUAUAUCAAUUUGAUUCCAGUUCAAAUUG